GCCCACUCAGCAAUGCCACAGCUAUCUGCAGGGAUGUCACUGACAUCAAGCUGGAACUGUCUGCUAUCAUGGUGGACAUUGAAAUUCUGUGUUUGGUUAGCCAUGGAUCAUCUCUUCAGCCAGCAACCUUCACCAAAUUCCACAGUCUCGGUAGACUGUAUAUCACCGGCUGUCUGUCUGCAAUCCUCCCAGAGGCCUUCAAGGGACUGACCAACCUGCACCUACUCUCCAUGACCUGCACAGAACGCUGCAAUCCGUCGGGACUUCAGAAUUUGGAGACUUUGAUCCUCGACAAUAAUCUCUUAAAGGACUUAGAAGCAGAAUCCUUUGCCCAUUUGCCCUCUCUUAGGGUUCUCCACCUUGGGAAUCUGAAGCUUCCCAACACUGAGCUCUUUGAAAUGCAAGUUCUCAACCUGAGUCUCAUCUUUGGGGACUUCCCUCGCAACCUGUCUGAACUCACCAUCGAAUCUAUGCACCCUAUGACUUUGGUCAUUGCUGAUAACAGCACCCCAGACGUGGGCCUGAGUCUCUCACUGUCCAGCGAGAAGAUUGUUUUAUGGGGUUGUGAGACACGCUUUCUGAAAUCUGUCGUCAGACUUGAUAUCUCUGCUAAUCACUUCUUGUGUGCGCCUGACCUCACUUUUGGCCUUCAGCACUUCACCUCUGUGGCACAUCUGAAAUUCGCCCACUGGACCACUACCAGCACUCAAGAUCUUUCCGACUUGAACAAACUUGUGCAUUUAAAAAGACUUAAACUGAUUAAUGUGGAUUUCUACAAUCAACCUGAUUUCAGUGUCAUGUUUCAUGGCUUGAUGAAACUUCAGAGUCUGGAUCUCUUUAAUUGUUUAGUAGUUUCCUUCGACAGGGUCAUCAGUGUGGACAUGAGGUCUCUGAAAUAUGUGUUCCUUUUUAUUUCAUCUGAGACCACUCUAUCCAAGCACUUCUUCGAGCCCUUGCACAGCCUAAGAUCUGUUGUCUUCUUUGAACCACGGUUGUUCUGCAACUGUGAAAACUCCUGGUUCAAUAGCUGGGCAAAGCAGGAGAGCCCAAUAGGGGUGUUCUUUGCCUCAAAGCAGCAAAGGGCACUGCAGUGCCUUAAUGGGGACAGGCUCCAGGACUUAGAGCGGUACGGUCUGACCCACUGCAGGCUGGAGGUUGGGUCUCAGCUCUUCCUCUCCACCACAGGUUUCCUGUUGCUCUUAAUCCUGACCGUGCUCAUGUACCAUCUGUGCAGCACCACCAGAGGGCACUACUACCCUUAUGAUGUCUUUGUGUCUCACAGUGAUAAGGAUGAGAGCUGGGUUGUGGACAGGCUCCUGCCCAGCCUGAAGCAUAGGGGACCCCCAUUCCUCAAGCUUUGCCUACCCAAGAAGGAUUUCCAACUGGGGAAGGAUAUUGUGGAGAAUAUAACUGACAGUCUGUACAGAAGCCGCCGCACCCUCUGCCUGGUCAGCCGCCACUACCUGCGGAGCAACUGGUGCUCCCUGGAGAUGCGGCUGGGCACCUACCGGCUGCAGGUGGAGCACAGGGAUGUGCUGAUCCUGGUGUUUCUUGAGAAGAUCCCUUCUAACCUGCUCUCUGCCCACCACAGGCUGGCCCGACUCGUCAAAACCAGGACUUACAUAGAGUGGCCUCAAGACCUGGCCCAACAGGAGGCAUUCUGGGACACAUUAUGGGACAAGUUAGUGCCAGAAGUGUCACAAUGAAUUUCCACAAAAAGGUUUUUGCAUAUCACAAUGAGAAAUCUUAGUUAGCUUGAGCUCCCAUGUCUGUCUUGUUGAGUUUAUGGUAAAUUUGUAUUGGGAGAUGGAGUCACUGUUGUAAAUAUAUAUAUAUAUAUGAUAAUGCUAUGCUGUACAGUAAAAUAUUUGGCAAUUGAAGGACUAACCUGUUGUAGUAUUUCAAGCAAACCCAAUUGAUCGCCUCAUUUGUAUGAUUUUUAUGAUUACUA